UUCAACAGAACACAGAUCAUUUCCCAGAAAGGAAAGCAGUUCUCCUCAGUGUGAUCAGAGCUGCAGACGUGUGUGUGGAACCGUCCAACAAACCUGAAACGACUUCAUCACAUCUGGUUCAAGUCUCAUUGAAGGUGCUUCGGUGGAAACAGUCCACAGUGGAGCUCAGUGGAAGCAGUGAAGUGACACCUGUGUGCUUCGGAAGCCUGGGUACCUUCAGUUACAAGGACAUUCAACUACAACUGUGGACUUUGUGCAGGAAGAUGAAAGUGUUGGUGGUGGUUGUGAUCCUCAUCCACGUUUCCCAGCAUGCAUUGGCUGUAGCGGUGCAGGCGUAUGAGGGGAUGGAGUCGGUCCUGCUGCCCUGCCAGUAUUCUGGCAUGUUACCGGAGGAUCCUUCAGUGGUUUGGAGUCGCUCUGAUCUCAACCUAACAGUUAUUUACCUGCUUAAAUACGAAAGUGACGAUCUCAAAGAGGAAUACCGACGCAGUGAGCGCACGUCAAUGAAGACCAACGCUCUGGAAUCUGGAGACUUCAGCCUCACUGUGAAGAAACCACAACUGUCUGACAGCAGCAACUACACCUGUAACCUCCGAUGGGAAACUGAGAGGAAGGAGACGAAAGAGUGGAGACUGACACAAGUACAGCUGCAGGUCAAAGAUGACGAGGAGGAGGUGAAGGUCCAGCAGGGGGCGGAGUCUAUCCAGCUGCCUUGUAAAGCCUCAGCCGAUCUGCCUGAAGACACCACAGUGGACUGGACUCACGUUGAUCCAGAACUGUUGGUGGUCCACGUGUACCGGAAUAAAACUGAUGAUCUUCAAACACAGGACAGGUCUUACCGUGACCGCACACAGAUGAAUGAAGACAUGAGUCUGACUCUGAAACACCCCACAGACACAGACGGAGGUGUGUAUAUCUGCAGCGUCUACAGGGAAGGAGACGUCCUGAGGUCUAAAGUCCUGCUCCAGGUGGUCCCAGAGGGUUUUCCAACCUGGGCCACAGCUCUCCUGGUUGUCUUUGCUGUUCUUCUAAUCACUCUAGGACUUUUAUUUAUGUUUCGAGGGUAUUUUCUGUCAGUCUACGAGGUGGAGGUGGAUUCAGGGGAGGAGUCUGUCCUGCUGCCAUGUAAAAGUAUAGCUCACCUGACAGAGAACUCCAGACAUAUCAGCGUUAUGUGGAAGAAUUUAUUCAACGAUCAGCUCAUUGUGCAUAAGUACGGCUCUGGCCAACCUGAUGAACAGGACCAGGAUUACAGAAACAGAACAGAGAUGAAGAAACACUGUCUGAGAACUGGAGACUUCAGUUUAACCCUGAAACACCCAAGGGACCGGGACACCAGCAGCUACGUAUGCAUCGUCUACAACAAAAACAAGGUCCUGAAAGAGAAAGAAGUGAUUCUGUGGGUCAAAGUCCAACAGGUGGAGGUGGUUUCAGGGAAGGAGUCUGUCCUGCUGCCCUGGAACACCACAUUUCAUAUAGAGGACGUCAGUCAGGUCACAGUGGAGUGGACAGAUGAGGAUGACAGGAAGGUCCAUGUGUACCAGGACGGCUCUGACAGAACUAAUGAACAGGACGAUAAAUACAGAAAGAGAACAGAGAUGAAUGAAGACCCACUGAGAACUGGAGACCUCGGUCUGACCCUGAAACACCCCAUGUACCAAGACACCCACACCUACACCUGCACCGUCUACAACAGAGACAAGCAGAUCCUGAGGAGGAAACAAGUGCAUCUGACGGUCAAAGUCCAACAGGUGGAGGUGGAUUAUUCAGCGGAGUCUGUCCUGCUGCCCUGGAAAACCACAUUACAUAUAGAGGACGUCAGUCAGGUCACAGUGGAGUGGACGGACCUUUAUAACAGGAAGGUCCAUGUGUAUGAGGACGGCUCUGACAGAACUGAUGAACAGGACGAUGAAUACAGAAAUAGAACAGAGAUGAAUGAAGACCCACUGAGAACUGGAGACCUCAGUCUGACCCUGAAACACCCCACAGACUGGGACACCCACACCUUCACCUGCACCGUCUACAACAGAGACAAGCAGAUCCUGAGGAGGAAACAAGUGCAUCUGAAGGUCAAAGUCCAACAGGUGGAGGUGGAUUCAGGGGAGGAGUCUGUCCUGCUGCCCUGGAAAACCACAUUUCAUUUAGAGGACAUCAGUCAGGUCACAGUGGAGUGGACAGACGAUAGGGACAGGAAGGUCCAUGUGUAUGAGGAUGGCUCUGACAGAACUAAUGAACAGGACGAUAGAUACAGAAACAGAACAGAGAUGAAUGAAGACCCACUGAGAACUGGAGACCUCAGUCUGACCCUGAAACACCCCACAGACUGGGACACCUUCACCUGCACCGUCUACAACAGAAACAAGCAGAUCCUGAAGAGGAAAAAAGUGCAUCUGAAGGUCAAAGUCCAACAGGUGGAGGUGGAUUCAGGGGAGGAGUCUGUCCUGCUGCCAUGUAAAAGUAUAGCUCACCUGACAGAGAACUCCAGACAUAUCAGCGUUAUGUGGAAGAAUUUAUUCAACGAUCAGCUCAUUGUGCAUAAGUACGGCUCUGGCCAACCUGAUGAACAGGACCAGGAUUACAGAAACAGAACAGAGAUGAAGAAACACUGUCUGAGAACUGGAGACUUCAGUUUAACCCUGAAACACCCAAGGGACCGGGACACCAGCAGCUACGUAUGCAUCGUCUACAACAAAAACAAGGUCCUGAAAGAGAAAGAAGUGAUUCUGUGGGUCAAAGUCCAACAGGUGGAGGUGGUUUCAGGGAAGGAGUCUGUCCUGCUGCCCUGGAACACCACAUUUCAUAUAGAGGACGUCAGUCAGGUCACAGUGGAGUGGACAGAUGAGGAUGACAGGAAGGUCCAUGUGUACCAGGACGGCUCUGACAGAACUAAUGAACAGGACGAUAAAUACAGAAAGAGAACAGAGAUGAAUGAAGACCCACUGAGAACUGGAGACCUCGGUCUGACCCUGAAACACCCCAUGUACCAAGACACCCACACCUACACCUGCACCGUCUACAACAGAGACAAGCAGAUCCUGAGGAGGAAACAAGUGCAUCUGACGGUCAAAGUCCAACAGGUGGAGGUGGAUUAUUCAGCGGAGUCUGUCCUGCUGCCCUGGAAAACCACAUUACAUAUAGAGGACGUCAGUCAGGUCACAGUGGAGUGGACGGACCUUUAUAACAGGAAGGUCCAUGUGUAUGAGGACGGCUCUGACAGAACUGAUGAACAGGACGAUGAAUACAGAAAUAGAACAGAGAUGAAUGAAGACCCACUGAGAACUGGAGACCUCAGUCUGACCCUGAAACACCCCACAGACUGGGACACCCACACCUUCACCUGCACUGUCUACAACAGAGACAAGCAGAUCCUGAGGAGGAAACAAGUGCAUCUGAAGGUCAAAGUCCAACAGGUGGAGGUGGAUUCAGGGGAGGAGUCUGUCCUGCUGCCCUGGAAAACCACAUUUCAUUUAGAGGACAUCAGUCAGGUCACAGUGGAGUGGACGGACGAUAGGGACAGGAAGGUCCAUGUGUAUGAGGACGGCUCUGACAGAACUAAUGAACAGGACGAUAGAUACAGAAACAGAACAGAGAUGAAUGAAGACCCACUGAGAACUGGAGACCUCAGUCUGACCCUGAAACACCCCACAGACUGGGACACCUUCACCUGCACCGUCUACAACAGAAACAAGCAGAUCCUGAAUAGGAAAAAAGUGCAUCUGAAGGUCAAAGUCCAACAGGUGGAGGUGGAUUCAGGGGAGGAGUCUGUUCUGCUGCCCUGGAAAACCACAUUACAUAUAGAGGACGUCAGUCAGGUCACAGUGGAGUGGACGGUCUGUGGUGACAGGAAGGUCCAUGUGUAUGAGGACGGCUCUGACAGAACGAAUGAACAGGACAAUGAAUACAGAAACAGAACAGAGAUGAAUGAAGACCCACUGAGAACUGGAGACCUCAGUCUGACCCUGAAACACCCCACAAACUGGGACACCCACACCUACAUCUGCACCGUCUACAACAGAGACAAGCAGAUCCUGAUGAAGAAACAAGUGGAUCUGAAGGUCAAAGUCCAACAGGUGGAGGUGGAUUCAGAGGAGGAGUCUGUCCUGCUGCCCUGGAAAACCACAUUACAUAUAGAGGACGUCAGUCAGGUCACAGUGGAGUGGAUGGACCGUUGUGACAGGAAGGUCCAUGUGUAUGAGGACGGCUCUGACAGAACUAAUGAACAGGACGAUAGAUACAGAAACAGAACAGAGAUGAAUGAAGACCCACUGAGAACUGGAGACCUCAGUCUGACCCUGAAACACCCCACAAACCUGGACACUAACACCUACACCUGCACCGUCUACAACAGAGAGAAGGAGAUCCUGAUGAAGAAACGACUGGAUCUGAAGGUCAAAGACCAACAGGUGGAGGUGGAUUCAGGGGAGGAGUCUGUCCUGCUGCCCUGGAAAACCACAUUACAUAUAGAGGACGUCAGUCAGGUCACAGUGGAGUGGACGGUCUGUGGUGACAGGAAGGUCCAUGUGUAUGAGGACGGCUCUGACAGAACUAAUGAACAGCACAAUAGAUACAAAAAGAGAACAGAGAUGAAUGAAGACCCACUGAGAACUGGAGACCUCAGUCUGACCCUGAAACACGCCACAAGCCUGGACAGUGGCAUCUACACCUGCACCGUCUACAACAGAGAGAAGGAGAUCCUAAAGAGGAAACAAGUGCAUCUGGAGGUCAAAGUCCAACAGAUGGAGGUGGUUUCAGGGGAGGAGUCUGUCCUGCUGCCCUGGAAAACCACAUUACAUAUAGAGGACGUCAGUCAGCUCACAGUGGAGUGGACGGACUGUUAUAACAGGAAGGUCCAUGUGUAUGAGGACGGCUCUGACAGAACUAAUGAACAGGACGAUGAAUACAGAAACAGAACAGAGAUGAAUGAAGACCCACUGAGAACUGGAGACCUCAGUCUGACCCUGAAACACCACACAGAACAGGACAAUGACACCUACACCUGCACCGUCUACAACAGAGACAAGCAGAUCCUGAAGAGGAAACAAGUGCGUCUGGAUGUCAGAGUUCAACAGGUGGAGGUGGAGGAGGGGGCGUGGUCAGCCCUGCUGCCCUUCAGAACGACCCCUGACCUGCCUCAGGACGCCAGAGUGGUGUGGGGGUCCUAUACUUAUGAGGGGCAAUACUUGAAAUACCAGAAAUACAUACAUGUCCAUGUGUAUAAGAAGAAGUCAGCUCAACCUGGUGAACAGGACGACAGAUACAGAAACAGAACAAAGAUGAAUGAAGACCCAUGGACGACUGGAGACUGCAGUCUGACCCUGAAUGACCUCCAACAGGACGACUUUGGAACAUAUGAGUGUGAAGUCAUCAGACGUGGAGUCACCCUGAGAAGGAAAACAGUGGAGCUGAAGGUCAAAGGUCAGAGUUCAGAUGCAGGUCAGAGGUCAUUUGUGUCUCUGUCCUCUGUCUCCUCUGCAGACAGAUCUCAGAUCACAUAUCAGUUUCCUCCAAUGAGCUCAGAUGCAGAAGCAGAAGAAGCUGUUUGAUUGAUCUGUUGUGUAUGUGUUUCUAUUUAUCAGUCCAACUCCUAAACUGAGGCUUGAUCUUAUUCCUCUUGAAUAUAUGAAACAGGUCAAUACAAUAGAAAUAGACACACUUCAAAGCACUCAGACUGUGCUUUUAGACUCUUCAUUAUUGUAUUUCUAGUGUUUGUUUCUCUGUGAUGACAGUCUGUCCUCCAAACUGAAGAAAAUCCAAACAAUCAAAUCCAAACCACUGCAGCAAAAUCAGACAAAUGAACACUGUCAGAGAGGAUGGAUUUUCCAACAGGAUGAUGAUCUGAACCCUAUCUGUAAAUCCACCAUGGACGCCCUCACAGACUCCAGCUGAAGGUUUGGAACGGACCUCACAGUCCCAGACUUGAACAUCAUUGAACAUCUGUGGGUAGAUCUGAAGAGCUACGUAUGAAAACGAACCAAGAAUAUUUAAGAACUAGAGUUCAUUUACAGACAAGAAUGGGAGAAAAUCCCAAACACAAGAACUGGAAGACUUUCAGCUGCUCCCAAAAGUAUUUUAGUUUAGUUUGUAUCGUGGACAAUCCCAAUUAAUGAACUGUAUCAAUAAGAGUAAAAAGUUGCAGCUUUAGCCGACAUGUCUAUUAUCCUGCUGUAGUCCUCAGCCUGAUGACAAUAGGAACCCUAAAAAAAAAACAAUAGUACAGUACAGUAAUUAAAAAAAGAGACUUAAGACAGCUAAGAGACCAGAUAAAUCAGUAAAGAUAAACAGAUUGUGAUGGACACAGCCACACAUGGGAACAUCUGUACAAACACACUAUCACCUUAUUAGUUUUCAUAUCUCAUUCUUUCUGUAACUUUGGUGGGCAGCUCAUGGUCUUCAGUGUCAGUCAGUCCUUUAACAUACACCAUGUAGUUUAUUUUGUAUUUCUGUAUUUUAAUCAUAUACUGUUGUAUAGAUGCACAUAUAUGAACAGUGUAGGGGGACCAUUACAUUAUUGUUGUUCUGUUCUGUUAAUCCUCGGUUCCUUUGUUUGAGUUUCCGUGUGGUGGAGUUUCCUGUCGCCAUCCUGAUGUGGAAAAAAGGCGUGGCCAAGGGUGGAGCAACAUUAUAUACUGCAGCCACCUCAUCAGCAGAAACUAUGGGCUGUGUUGUCAUGGGGGGAUUUAAUGUGACCAAAGCUUCAGUUGUAUUUAGUUGUAGUUGGUGUCCAUUUAGUUUUGGCCUUGUUUGUUUCAUGGUUUGGCCAAACCUCUAUCUAUGUUCCCACUGAGUCUCAUUUUGGUGGGUCAGUUUUGGUCAGUUUGUUUGAUGCAUCAGUUCUUGUUCUCAGCCUUAGUUGCAGUUAUUUUUGUGUACAGUUCUGUUAUGUGUACCUUUUAUAUAUACUUGAUUGUUAAAACUAUCAUUUUUAAUCUUUUUUUAAAAAUAAUUUUGGCUGAAUAAACACCCACAGCUGUC